AUGCAAAAAUAUUCUAUUUUGAAGUUGAAAGACACUAAAAUAGCUUCAUCAUCUGGAACUAAAAAGGUGAAAGGGAAUGAAAAGGUUUAUGUAAAGGACGAGGACUCUGAUGAUGAUCUCAUAGAUUUCUCUUUCUUGGAUUUUUCACCAGAGUUCUUUAAACCAACCUCAAACCUGUCUGAUGACCCAUUCCUUAACGUAUUAUGUGAUGAAAAUAUGCUAAGGAGGACUCUUGAUGGAAUGGGAGAAGAUGAUCAGGAAGCUGGUGUUAAGGAUCUAGAACAUGAACAUAUUGAUGACCAAAAUGAUGGUCAAGUGGGUGUAGAGUACAUGGUUCAUGAUCCAGACAUCUAUUGGAAACAAAUGAAGCAUGUAGUGGGAGAGUGUUACGAGUCCCCUUCUCAACUCAGGACUAGGACAAAGGCAAGAGAGAUGAUAGAAGGUAAGGUAGAAGAACAUUAUGCAAAGGUAUUGGAGUAUACUGCAGAAAUCCUUUGGUCUAACCCAGGGAGCACUUAUAAGGGUCAUAUCAAGGGAGAACUCUUGACUGCUAUUGGAAGAGAUGCAAACAAUCAUGUAUAUCUAAUAGCAUGGUCAGUGAUUGAUGUAGAGAACAAAUAUAAUUGGACUUGGUUUAUUGAGCUGUUAGUUGUUGAUCUUGAUCUUGAUUGUGGUAGGGGUCUUGUGAUUAUUUCUGAUCAGCACAAGGGUCUACUACAAGCUGUUAUAGAAUUACUUCCAUAUGUUGAACAAAGACAAUGCGCCAGGCAUAUCUAUGCAAACUUCAGGAAGAAAUACACUGGAUUAGAGCUUAAGAACCUAUUUUAG